CAUUCCGAGAACUCUUCCUCUUUUAUUCCGUUAACCUUACAACCCUACCACCUUUAAUUUGUUUGCAUCUAUAUCCUCGUCCCUCCCUCUCCUCUUACAGGAAGGGCAGUGACCGGGCAUAAAUUGCCUAUAGCAGCCCCCCCCCCUCUCUCUUUCUCUCUCUCCCCCAUAGCUAAAAGCUCACGAGUUUGACCAUAUCUUUUGCUACAAAGUAAGUAUCUGAGAAUGGAAUAUAAGCCUUGGCUGAUAUUCCUCGUCCUUGCCUUGGCCGUGGUGGCCGAGUCAUCUUCACUCCAUGAUGCCACCCGCUGGGGUCUCACAAAAGUUGGCACUGCGGGCUCCUGCAAUAGUGAAGUGGGGGUCUGCAUUGGAGAGGAAAAUGAAUCGUUGAUGGCUUCUCUUCAUGCCCGGCAUCUUGCCCAGCGGAAGUACAUUAGCUAUGGAGCUCUCAGGGCCAACGCCGUUCCCUGUGGCCGCCGCGGCCAAUCCUACUACAACUGUCAAAACAGGCAAAAGGCUAAUCCUUACAGACGUGGUUGCAGCGCCAUUACUCACUGUGCCAGGAUCACUGAUUGAAGAACUUCAACUGCAUGCGCGGAAGAGAGAGAAAAAAAGGUGAUCACGAUAUAAUAUGGUGAUUGAUUACUAUAUGCUAUUGACAGAACAUGCAUGGGAUUGUUGAAUAAUCAGGGCUUGCAAGAUUUCCUCCGUUUAAAACUUGACUUUAAUUAAUAUGUAUGGUGGGUUUUCCUUCUAUAUUGGUUUUGGUUUAUAUAUAUAUAUAUAUAUAUAUAUAUGUGUGUGUGUGUGCGUGUGUGCGCGCGCGCGCGUGCGUGUUAUUAUAAGCAUGUCUUAUCUAUCUCUAUGUGAGGUGGUUGCAAAAGGUUUUCUUUCCUUUGUUUAUGUAAUCUCCUCUUCGUCUUCUUCGUCGUUUUCUUCUUCUGUUUUCUUAUCAUGUGUAUCAUUGUAUGGAGGAAAUGAAAAGGCUAGAACGUUUGGUGUUA